AUGCCAAGCUUCGUACCUGGUCACUUCGAUGAAUACCCUUCACCCUCGGGAGAAGAGUCGAGCCACCCAGAAUGCCCCCAGGACCCAGGGCAGACAAACCUCGUGAUCAGUGAAAUGCUACAAGUCGCCAUCAAUACAAUUCUGACGACACUUUAUUUCGUCAUUACUCUGCUGUUUCGUUUCGCGACGGACCCCGUGCCAGGCCCACUCGAUGAAACCCUUCAAGCCUUGAAUGGUGAGCCAAGCCACUUAGAACCCCAGGACCCGGGACAGACACAGAUCACUGAGAUGCAACAAGUCGUCAUUACUGCCAUUCAAGCAACUUUCCAUAUCGACAAUUCCAUUCGCGCACCUGAUCUUGUUACAAGCAACAAACUCGUACACUGCGUUGAUCAGGCUGUCAUCGAAUGGAACGAGUGCAUACUUCUGCCGUGCGAGCCAUCUUCUAAACUUCGGGUCAGUGUGUAUGCCUCAUUUGAACUGGGUCCCAUGCUCUGUCAUGGAGAAGUCCUUGGCACAUUUGAUAGUUUCAUUGGAGAAUUACUGAACCGCAGUGAAAAGCCACAUCCUAUCAUCUUUCAGCCCGAGCAGGAGGAAGUCAUGUUUUCGUGCACUUCAUUGUUUAUGACAGUGGAGCGACGUCCUGAUGAAAAUGAUGCCACAGUUCUUUGCCCCCUUACUACCUUUAUGUCUGACGAUAUGCGUGCAUUGACGGAUGCCGGACAUGGUCUUCUCGCACAAUACCGCAGAACGCAGAAUCGUAAGGAUCUCGACCAAUCCAUACAGCACUUUGAACAUGCCUUGGAUAUCUGCCCCAUGGAUCAUCCAUGUCGUCCUGCAGCACUGGUCAAUCUAGCUACCGCAAAGUUUGUUAGUUGCCAGACUAAUGGAACGAACCCUGACCUCGACGUCCCUAUCUCCAUCUUUCAAGACACCCUUGAUUUACGUCCCACUGGUCAUCCAGACCGACCUGUCACCCAGCUCCAUCUUGCCAUUGCUCUGCUGUCUCGCUUCACGAAACAGGGAUUUCAGAAGGAUGUUGAUGUGGCUGAAGAGUUACUGUGCGAAGUCCUCAAUGUCUGCCACGAUGACAGCCACAUUUACAGAACAGCUUUACUUGCAAUGGAAAUAUCUGCUCUGCAUCAGGCUGGAAGCUUCGAUGCAAGUGAUCUCGGGCAGGAGUGGCCCGCUGCAUUAUCGCAGGAUCAACUUGCCGAUCGAGCAGAGCGGUGUUUGCAGGGAGAUGCAUCCUGUCCCUUAGAUAAAGUGAUAUCCUUUCAUUAUGACGCACUGGGAGACUACAACACCGAGCAUACUUUCCGAGGGCAAUUGCUAGGUAAUCUGAGCGUAAUGCUGCAAACUUGCUUUGAACGUCAAGGCAAUGACGAAGACUUGGACCAGGCUAUCACAUUUCAGAGGGAAGCACUGGUUUUGCGCCCGGUCGGUCACACAGAUCGGUCCAUGUCAUUAAAUAACCUUGUGAAUCAACUCUCCACCCGCUUUGACCACCGAGGCAACGACGAGGACUUGGAUCAGGCUAUCGUACUUUACAGGGAAGCGCUGGCUUUGCGCCCAGUCGGUCACACAUAUUGCACCGGGGGCAACGACGAAGACUUGGACCAGGCUAUCAAAUUCCAUAUGGAAGCACUGGCUUUGCGCCCAGUCGGUCACACAGAUUGGCCAACAUCAUUCAAUAACAUUGCGAUUCAACUCUCCACCCGCUUUGAGCACCAAGGCAACGACAAAGACUUGGAUCUGGCUAUCACACUUCACAGGGAAGCGCUGGCUUUGUUCCCGGUCGGUCACACAUAUCGGUCCUCGUCAUUAAAUAAUCUUGCGGUUCAACUCUCCACCCGCUUUGACCACCGAGGCGACGAUGAAGACUUGGAUCAGGCCAUCGCACUUCACAGGGAAGCGCUGGCUGUUAACCUUGCGGAUCAACUCUUCACCCACUUUGCCCACCAAAGCAAUAGAGAAGACCUCGACGAGUCACGAGAGAACCUACGCUGUGCAUUGACUAUGUUCACGCAACAUGAUCCUCGUCAAGUAAAUGCCCAUUUAUCGCUCGCUGCCGUCCAUCUAUUAUUCCAUCAUUCAGGGUUUGACGACACCGGCGUGGGCGAAGAUACUGACAGUCUGAAUGCUGCCAUGCAUCAUCUCAAGGCAGCAGUAAAUGUUGUCUCUGCAGGUUUCCUGCUUCGCCUGAAAGCCAGUCUGCGCUGGGUUCGCUAUGUUCGUCAAUAUUCACAUGAUACUGAACUGGAACUGGAUGCCCAUGCAACUUCCAUGCAACUUCUUGACACUUAUAUGUCCACGACAGCUUCAGUAUCAUCUCGUCAUCAUAUCAUGCAGGACUUCCCAAGUACACUUGCUGUGGACGCUGCAUCGUGUGCUGUUCGUAGUGGUGACGUGUGUCGCGCUGUUGAAUUGUUGGAACAAGGCAGGACUAUCAUCUGGACCCAGAUGACACGACUCCGCACACCUCUUGACAGCCUCCAAACACGUGACAAUCACGCAGCGGCCCUGGUGGAGAAAUUCAGAGACCUCAGCUCCCUCCUCGAUAAAUCUCCUGUGAACUAUCCAGAAGCAACCCCAAGAGUCGAUGUAGAAGCAGAAGAAACCUGGUACAGAUGUUUGGUGAAGGACUGGAACAGAGCUGUAGAAGAGAUCCGGAAGAUCGAGGGCUUCUCUCGCUUCCUCCUUCCCCCCGUAUUCACCGAUCUUCAACAUGCAGCUCGUGAUGGGCCUGUCAUCGUGCUCAUCGCAAGUGAGUCGUCUUGCGAUGCCAUUGUUAUCCCACACAAGCAACCUCCGACUAGCAUUCAACUCCCUACCAAUCUUGAGAAACUCCAGGCUUUGGUGGUCAAACUCCAACGCACAAGUAAACCAUCGCUGAAAAAGCCUUGA